UUGUUAGAAAUGGCCGCGACAAUGCAUCCUCGGGGGAAAGACAUGCAAAGUGUGUGUGUGAAAGAAGAAAUGCACUGUUGUAAAAAUAAACAAUGCUUUAAAAUAUAUAACAUAAAAACAACAUGUAUUGUCUAGGCCUGAACUAAAGCCACAUCCUUCGGUAAACAAUAUACUGAGAUCCAAUACAAGAGCGCUCAAAUACAUUUUUGUGCCUUUAUGGGCCUUACUUUGCAGAAAAGGGCCGUCACCAAACUGUUACCACUCAUCUGGAAGCUUAGAAAUGUCCAUAAAAUCUUUAAAAAAAAUAAUGAUUCAGGGGGAACAAAAGGAUAUAACCCCACCCCUGUAUGACUGACUAAUUGAUUUGGAGAUUUUAUAGUUCAGACACAAGGUGAGUAAAUACUACAUAUCUCAGAAGACAUUAGAUGUCAGCAUGUUCAAACAGGACCCUCUGUGUUGCUAUCAGAUGCUAACACACUUGGCUGAGUGCCUGCAGGAGUUGUACACACAAUCUGUGCAAGCAUGAGCAUGGAACAUAAAGAGGAAGGAACAUAGGCGGGCCGGCAGUUUGUUGAAUAACACUGAUGUUCUUGCCACUCCCCAAAAGCGCAACAAGUUUCAGAAGGAGGGGCAUUUACAGCGCUUUCACUUUCCAAAGAGUCGUUUUUUUUUCGUUAGCUUCUAAGGGAAUUAAAGGUUGUCAUCAAAUCGUCAUAGCGGGAACUACAUCAACAUGACUGGGGGGAUUAAAUGCAUCAAAUAUCUCCUGUUCAUAUUCAACUUUUUCUUCUGGCUUGCGGGUACCGCUGUCUUCGCCAUUGGGCUGUGGUUAAGAUUAGAUUCGAAGACCAAAGGCCUGUUUGAAGGAUCAGACUCUCCAUAUGUGUUUUACAGUGGUGUUUACAUCCUAAUUGGAGCUGGAGCCCUGAUGAUGGUAGUGGGAUUUCUUGGAUGUUGUGGUGCCAUCCAGGAGUCUCCCUGUAUGCUGGGGCUGUUUUUUUUCUUCCUGCUUAUAAUCUUUGCCAUUGAAGUCGCUGCUGGCAUCUGGGGAUUUUCCAACCAGAGCAAGGUGGUGAAUGACAUUACAAACUUUUACAUGAAGACCUACAACACCUACAGAGAUACGGGUGAUGAGCGUCUCAGAGAGACUCUGCGUGUGAUUCAAACUGGCCUGAACUGUUGCGGUCCAACUGGUGCUGUACUGGAGGCUGCCAAAGACACCUGUCCUCAAGGAGAUCUACUUGAGGAGUUGAUUAUCAAGAACUGCCCUGAAGCCAUUGAGGACGUGUUUGACUCCAAGUUGCACAUCAUAGGAGGAGUGGGCAUCGCAAUCGGGGUCGUUAUGGUGUUUGGGAUGAUCUUCAGCAUGCUCCUGUGCUGUGCCAUCAGAAAGUCUCGGGAGGUGGUGUGAUAGCCACUGAGAACGCAUCACAGGGUCCUUGUUAAUGUUGCAUGAUAUCAUUCCUAGAGUCACAUGGUUCCCCAAUGCCAAUAGAAUCACUGCUUGUUCAAGAGGGUCUAUAUGGUUGUCGGGCCCAGCUAUAGAAUGGGUGCCAUCGAUGCUUCACUGACAAUGUGAGAAAUGUAUCACUUUGAGACCAUUUGAAUGAAACUAGUGCUUGUGUAAUACCACCGAUCUUAACAGAAGAUCAUCUUGUUGAUCACUUUUAUCUUGUGGGCUCACCCUACUGGCAAGAGGAGUUGUUGACCGCAGCUCCCCCCAAAACCUUUUCAAAAGAAUACACAAGCAGCCAAAUACACAACUGAAUUGAUUUUUAAUGGACAUAAUGCUAAGUUGUAAAUAUUUUUUUUAAUUCCAAUUUAAAGGGGACCUAUUAUGCUUUUUCCACUUUUCUGGCCUAUAAAGGUUGUUAGGAUGUUGUAUUCUCGUGUUAAAUGAUGGUUUCAGAUAAUGAGGUGGAAGUGAGGCCUGAAAGACAUUUGCGACACCGUUUCAGACAGUACUUUCUAACAUCCAAUAACUGUGAAAUCACAGUUAGCCUGGCUUCCUUAUCUGGUUAUGCCCGGGUAGCUGUAUGGGCGACGCUAGACUAUAUGAAGCUGGACUAUCUGUUAAUGUUACGCAAGCUUAAGUAACAAUUUAUAAGUGUCGUAACUGUGUAAGUGGUUGUAUAUGUAGCAUUAUAGAGUGUGCAUACAGGGAGUGGGGUGCAAAUUACAAGGUCACUGAUGUCUGGAGUUGCUAAUAUCCUUUUUCCACCACAAUCAAUAGUUUUUAAACAUGUGUAGUCCCGCAAAAAAUGUGUAGUGACCACAUUUAUACUACUGCUCUUGUAGAAAACCUACGGUAUUCCUAUUUUGAGUUAAUACACGGUAAGUCAGGGGUCUCCGGCCAGUAGCUCCUAAACACUUUUCAAGUAGCUCUCCAAAGAUUUUAUUUAUUAUCAAAACCUCCACUGACAAAAUUAGAAAGUGCGGUUCGGGAGUAGUCUUUGGGAAAGCUUGAGAGUGUGACCCAUCACAGUGGAGUGGGCAUGCCUGGAGGCGGGCCAUGGGUGGAAUCAAUUUAAACAGAUCGUUUUGGAAAUCCAAUAAAAAAAUAGCUUGAAUAGGUGCAGAUUCUGGAAAAUCUCGAAUGAUUUCUGUGCGGCUUAUUGUGUGUAGGUGUUCUAGAUUCCACAACUCUAUACAAAGUGCUGAAAAUUUAGCAUAAUAGGUCCCCUUUAAUAGUAGUAUCCCAAUUCAUUUGUGACAAGUUUUUGUUCAGCUGUUUUUAAAUGCCUUCACGUUAUGUCACUUUUCAUAUAUCUCUUCUCUGUUUUCUAGAUAUACACUGUACAUUUAGAUGUAUUUUCAUGUCAUUUUACAGAACGUUUAUACCAUUACCCCAGACAAUUCAACAGCCAAAUAAACCAAAAUGGAUUGAG